CAGAUGAGGAUGAUGGAGGGACCGGGAAGCCGACGGAUCUCCGCCUCCCGGCUCUGAGUGACCUCACACGCCGCCUGCUCUUCCUUUAGCCAGGAUCAGUCUCGCUCCACCCGGUCCUGACCCGGAGCACGACCGGAGUAGAGUUACCAUGCGGGACCCGCGGAACUGGACCCCGGCGUCCGGCUCGGCGGAGCGGCGCAAACAAGCCACCUACACCGGGGAGAAGAAGGCGAAGCUGGUGGCCAAAGCCAGCAAGAAGUGGGUGAAGCUGGCCACCGUGGUGCUCUACGUCCUGUCCGUGUCUCUGGCCGCCGUCAUCCUGGCUGUUUACUACAGCCUCAUCUGGAAACCUACACCCGGACCCGGACUGAACCGGACCGGGAUCACAACCGGGGAACCAAGAGCCGCGACCUCCGGCACUGAAACGAACAUUAGAGCCGGUUCCAGCGCUGAUGGACACGACCAGAACAGGACCAGAUGUACUAAAGAGACCGCUUUAAACAGGGACACUGGCGUCGGUCCUGAUAUUUAUGAGGACUCUGCUGAUCCCGAUCAAGCUCACAGGUCCACCAACACUGUCAUCAACACACUCCAGUUACCUGCUGAUCAAGUCUCCACGGAGGCUACAACUGAUCAAUCUGAUCGAACUCGAUUUACGAACAGUUUCACUACCGGGUCAGUGGAAGUCUCUCCCGGGGACACUCCGGUCCUGCGAGGAGGUCACACCGAGGCUCAGACCGUGAACUCUGCCGGUGGUCUACCGGUCGAGCCCCCUCAGGCCGGACAGGGCUUCACCUCCCCGGCUCUGGCCACCGCCGAACCGCCCGCUGUCACCGCGGAGGAUCCGUCCAACCUGCCGACACACCGGGCCGCGGCCGGCCGGGAAACGGAGGCGGACCACUCCGGGUCCGGGAUGGAGGACUAAAAGUUCCGUUACUGAGGGAAAGUGCCGGGAUAUCAGAGGCUGUUUGCAAAAUGAAACGUCACUUUAUUGAUUACUGUAGAAAAUAACGAACCCG